AUGGACCCCUACAACCGCUUCGGGUCGAAGCUCCCCAACGGAACAUGGACUGGCAUCAUAGGAAUGCUGGUUGAACAAAAAGCGGCGUUUAGCCUGAGCCCCAUCGCGGUCUCGCUCAGCCGCUAUCAGGCGAUCGACUUCAGCGGCUACGCGGACGUGGACGAGCAUGCGGUGCUCUACGCUUACCCUCAGCUUGAGCCCGACGUUGCUGGCUUCCUCAGGCCUUUCUCGUUUCCCGUUUGGAUGGUGGUCUUCUCCAGCAUCCUGGUGACAAGCCUCGCUCUGGCCGCGCAUGAAUAUCUCAGGCGCAAGCUGAAACUCGGCCCACACAAGAAGGAUCAGAGGGGAAAUUUAUUAUCCCAGCUGAUGGUCACCGUGAGGGUGCUGCUAUCUCAGACACAAGACUUGAAUGCACGGAAGGCGCAGUCGUCGAUACUUCUUGUUAUGUGGCUUUGGGCUUCAUUUGUUUUGACUUGUGUCUACAAGUCCAACUUGAUGUCCAUGUUGGUAGCGCCUGUGGUCAACAUCCCCUUCACAAACUUCGAACAGCUCGUCAACCAGAAGAAAAUACCUUAUAAAUUGCCGGCUGCCUCCAUCUUCGUUGAAGCAUCGCAUAACUCAGCCCCAGAAACACUACUGGGUAAACUAUGGCGAAGAAGCGCGGGUACGGCGGCUGAUCCUGUUGAGGUUUUCGGCGCGGUCAUGCGGAACGAAUACGCAUUCAUCACCUUCCGCAUCCCAAUCCUCGCGACCAUGGACAAAAGAUUCGUUGAACACAAGCGCUGCAUGCUCACUGUGGCACCAGGCACGCUGCUCGGUGUCAGUCAGGCGUGGGGCUUUCCCAAGAACUCACCCUGGAAGGCACCCAUCGACAAAGCGCUGCGGGGCUUGAACGAAUUUGGCAUCAUAAAUAAGUUGCUGAAAGAUACGUACGCGAAGUCGACUCUUUGUGUCAAUCCUGUAAAGACCGAACGCACCAUGAACCGUAUGCGAUCGUUGGGUCUCGAGGAUUUUUUGGGAGUCUUCGCACUUUUCGGUGCAGGAUCCUUAAUGGCAAUGGUCGUUUUUAUGGCUGAAGUAAUCGUAGGACGCUGCCACACAACAGCUACUUCGAAGAAAAGGAUGCAGAAAUUUGACAGCAAAGAAAAUGACGCCUCGAAUGUCGUCUCGAAUGAUGGACGCAGCUCGUUUUGA